ACUAUAAAGAGAAAGAGAAAGAAAAUACGAAUAAAAACUCGAAUAAAAAUAGGAAUAACAAUAGGAAUAAUAACAGAAAAAAAAAAUAAGAACAGGAAAGCUUACGGCACUAACAAUUUCACUUGGUCCCCGAGACCUCCUGUAAGACUGUCAUUUUUUUUGUGGUGGGCGUGCCUGCAUUCUGGAGGCGAUUGGCACCAAAACUGGGAGUUACGGCAAUGACGAAAAGUGCCGCGGGGUUCGUGCGCUCUGGCUGCGGCCCAACCAAGGAGAUCUCAGGCUUGUGGUGGCACUAGGCGGAAAUCAGGCCAAGACACCUCCAGCUCGUGCCACCAAGACGUUGCGAAUUUGAAGCCACCAGUCGUGGUCGCCUCAAUCUCUUAUCCCAACCUCGAGCUGCCGUCCGCCCUUUGAUCAGAGCGGGUUUACAGGCGAAGGAUUGAUUGAGCCGACUCGAUCUCAGCUGCAAACAGACAAACCCACACGCGAGUAUUUUUGGCGUCAUCAGGGACUGGCAUGAGGUCGACCCCCCCCGUCUUCAGCGAGGCAGAGUUCCAGUUCCUUGCCAGCCACCUACGAGUCGCCGCGACCCACGAUAAACCACAACCUCCACCUAGCCUCUUCAUCUCCACCAAAGGUCCGCUCUCUCCAUCCGACGCCGUCUCGACGGAAGCACACGACAAUAUCUUUGUGCCGAAUCUGCUCGCUUCUUCGAACUUGGUGAUACCCGAUCGUUCUCAACAAUAUCGCCUCACCCGUCGCCGCCCUCUCUGGUCCUCCUGAUACUGCUAUUGCCAUCGCAUCCACCCCUCCGACUUGCCCCGCGACAUCCGAGCGACGAUGGCGCCCCCACCGGCGAACCUGCCCUUGACCCAGCGGCUUGCCGCCCUGGCCCAGACUUUGCAAUUCGCAUGGUUUAUCGGUCAUUUUAUCCUGAUCGCUGGAACCGCCAAGUACACGCUCGCGUGGAUAACCUUCCACGGAUACCGCUCCAACAUUGCCUACCGCUUUGUCUUCCUUUCCGCCGUCACCACCUACGGAAUCGUGGUGUACAAGACUCUGCGUUCCCGGAUCAAGCAGCGAGCGGGACCGAUCAGCCCACUUGCUUUGGCUGCGGAUGAGAAUGUCCAGUAUCUGGUUCUCGGCCUCGUGUGGCUCUUCUCUCCCCGAUACAUCCUGGCAACGCUCCCGUAUUCCAUCUACUCAUUCUUCCACGUUGCGACCUACGCUCGCGCCAACUUGAUCCCAGCCAUCUCCCCGCCCAAGGCAGCCCCCGCUGCGGAGGCGGCCCCAGGGGCAAAGUCGACAUCUCACCCGGUUGCCGAAAUGAUCGGCAGAUUUGUCAAGGAGUACUAUGAUGCGUCCAUGUCAGUGGUCGCGACGCUUGAGAUCUCGCUCUGGCUCUCGCUGUGCCUCUCGGCUCUCAUGUUCCAGCGCCGCUCCUGGAUUCUGCUGCCUAUCUACACGGGCUUUCUGCGCGCGCGCUUCUCGCAGAGCGUGCAUGUGCAGAACUCGUUCGCCCAGCUCGAAGUCAAGCUUGACAACCUAAUGGGGAACCAGGGCACCCCGCCCGCCGUGCGCCAGGCUUGGGAUGUCAUCAAGAAUGCCUCGAGGCAGUUCUACCUCAUGACGGACCUGACCCGCUACGUCAACGGGGCUGGGGCUGCCGCACCCAAGAAGAGCUCUUGAGCACCCUCCACAGACAGCUUGCCGCUAUGCUAUGCCCUCGCUGCAUGCCGGAAUGUGUGCGUUUUUUGUGCGUCAUGAAAUCUUGGCGUCGAAAACAGAUGCGGGUGACAGGGGAUCUGCGGAGGUACGGGAUUAAGAGGCUCACAGCAACGAGAAUGGAAUGGUGUUGAGGGCAUUGCGGGAGCUUGGCUUGGACAUGCCACCGCUAUCGAGCGUUUUUGGCAUCGGCCGGCCUUUCUGCUCGCGCCCUUUCGUGGAACCGCUAUAUAUGCUGUCGAUACUUUGCACAGGAAGCUCUCAUGGCAGGGCCGUUUUGAAGAGACUGUCCUUAGGAUGGCGUGUAUUGUACCAAUGGUUUCCGGGAUUUCAAGAUGGGACUCAUUCAGUGGGGGAAGAUUGUUGAGGGCUAGGGGAGAAGGGAUGUCUGACAAAAAGGCACAGGAGAGGUAAUGGGCUCAUGGCGCGGCGCACAAUAUUUCCCCUGUCUUGAGCGUUCUACUCCCUGGUUUGUUUACCUGCCAUCAUGCUUUUUUCAUCAGUUUUAAGCGGAGCUCGAGAUGGCCGUACUAUGCCGGCACUUUCUGUUGGAAUUCUAGUUUGACUUCCUUGGUUUUGUUGCGUGACGGUAGACCAAUCCGGUCCGGUUUACC